AUGGGCGGAAAUUCAGAAAAAAAAAGAUUAUUAGGUAGCGAUACAAAUAUUACAGUUAAUGAUGACGAUGGCGCCGUUUCAAAAGCACAACCAUACGUUAAACCAGAAAAAGAUGGUGUAUUCACAGGUAUACUCCGUUUCCUCGGAUUAAGAGAAAAGAAGAAACCAAAGAAAGAUGCCAAUAAAGAAAAAGAAUUUGCUGAUAAGUUUAGAGAUUUAUCAGUAUUGGAUAAACAAUCAAUGUUGGAUAGAAUUGGAACACCAAUGCAAGGUCUUUCAGAGGAAGAGGUUGAUAGACGUACUAAACUCUACGGUAGAAAUGUUAUUACACAAGUUAAAGCCUCACCAUGGUAUGCAACAUUGUUCUUUGCAUUCACACAUCCAUUCAAUAUUGUUUUAACUGCUAUUGCCGUUGUUUCCAUCUGUACUGACGAUUAUGCUACAUUCUCUGUAGUUAUGUUUAUGGUUAUUUUCUCUGCAUUAUUAUGUUUCCACGAAGAGCGUAAAUCAAGUAAGGCUUUUGCUCAUUUAAAAUCAUUGGUACGUACUACAGUAACUGUUUUACGUACUAGAAAUGGUAUUUCACAAGAAAUGAAAAUCGAUAUGGAUGAUAUUGUCCCAGGUGAUAUUGUUCCAUUAAAAGCAGGUGAUGUAUUCCCAGGUGAUGUUCGUAUUUUAGAAUCCAACAGUUUAUUCGUUUCACAAUCUUCAUUAACUGGUGAGUUUUUACCAGUUGAAAAAGGUCCAAACGCAUCCGAAGAACCAACUUCAAUUUUCGAUACUCCAAAUAUUUGUUUAAUGUCUACAAACAUUGUAUCUGGUAGUGGUAUUGGUAUUGUUUUCGACACUGGUUCAAGAACUUAUAUUUCUUCAAUCUCUGAAAUUCUCACAUCAACUCAAACUACAAAUGCUUUCGAUAUUGGUGUUAGAAAGGUCGCUUAUUUACUUAUGGGUUUUGGUGUUGUUUUAGUACCAAUCGUUAUUAUUAUCAAUGGUAUUUCAACUAGAGAUUGGAAAGAUUCUGCAUUGUUUGGUUUAUCUGUCGCUGUAGGUUUAACCCCAGAAAUGUUACCAAUGAUUUUAAAUACCAAUUUAGCAAAAGGUGCAUCAGAUAUGUCAAAAAAGAAAACAAUUGUAAAACAACUUCAUUCAAUUCAAAAUAUGGGUGCUAUGGAUGUAUUAUGUUCAGAUAAAACUGGUACUUUAACAGAAGAUAAUGUAAAAUUACAACACUAUAUCGAUCAAGAUCAAAAUGAAUCAGACAAUGUCCUUAGUUUUUCAUUUUUAAAUUCAAAUUUCCAAAGAGGUUUAAAGAAUGUUUUAGAUGUUUCAAUUAUUUCAUAUUAUGGUUUAAAGAGAGGUCUUAUCACUGAAGAAGAAGCUGAAAAACUUUUACUUCAUGGUCAUGGUAAUGGUCCAACUGAUGAAGAUAAUCACACACCAAGCGGUCAAAAGAAACCAGAUCCAUUUGCAGAUUCAUAUUCAUUAAAUGACGAGUUCCCAUUCGAUUUCACUCGUCGUCGUGUCUCUGUCAUUUUAAAUUGUGCUAAUGAACCAUCAACUAAAUUACUUGUUUGUAAAGGUGCCGUUGAAGAAGUUUUAUAUUGUUGUUCCUAUGUUGCCACUCCAAAUGGUGAAGCCGAACCACUCACUGAACAACUCAAAAAGAAAUUACUUGGUGUUAUGAACGAUCUCAAUGUUGACGGUCUUCGUGUUUUAUCUGUUGCCACCAAAAAGAUUGAAAAUUUACCAUCAGACUAUAAAUUUGAUGUUAAAGUAGAUGAAUUCGGUUUAACUUUCCAUGGUUUCUUAGCUUUUAUUGAUCCACCAAAAUCAGAUUGCGCUGGUGCCAUUCGUCAAUUAAGAGAAAACAACGUUGCAGUUAAAGUUUUAACUGGUGAUAAUUUAGCAGUAGCCAGAAAGAUUUGCAGAGAUGUCGGUAUUGAUGUAUCUCGUGUUAUCUCUGGUCCAGAAUUAGAAGGUGUCGAUGAUGAAGAUUUCGAUCAAAUCAUUGAAGAAUGUUCUUUAUUCGCUAAGCUUACUCCAAUCCAAAAAUAUAAUGUCGUUAAAGCCUUAAAGAGACUCGGUCAUACUGUUGGUUUCUUGGGUGAUGGUAUCAAUGAUGCUCUUGCUCUUCGUGAAGCUGAUGUUGGUAUUUCUGUAGAUACUGCCACCAAUAUUGCUAAAGAUGCCUCCGAUAUUAUUUUACUUGAAAAAUCAUUAAACGUUAUUAACACUGCCGUUAUUACUGGUCGUAUUACUCACGCAAACACCAUCAAGUACAUUAAAAUGGCUGCUUCAUCCAAUUUCGGUAACGUAUUUUCAAUGUUAAUUGCUUCAGCUUGGCUCCCAUUCAUCCCAUUACAACCAAUUCAAAUGCUCACCCAAAAUCUUUUAUACGAUUUCUCACAAGUUGCUAUUCCAUGGGAUAAUGUCGAUGAAGAAUACCUUAAGGUUCCACAUCCAUGGAGUGUUAAAAGUUUAUUCAAAUUUAUGGUUUUCCUUGGUCCAUUAUCAUCCAUUUUUGAUGUUGUCAUUUUCUCUUACAUGUGGUGGAAAUUAGGUUGGGAUAGUGAAACUACUGCCCAAUUAUUCCAAACUGGUUGGUAUGUUGAAGGUCUUAUCACUCAAGUAUUCAUUGUACAUAUGAUUCGUACUACUAAGAUUCCAUUCAUCCAACGUUGGGGUUCACUUCAACUUAUCUUAAAUACUCUUUGGGUUGCUGGUGUUUGUGUUGCUAUUCCAUAUAUUCCAUACGUCAAUACUUUCUUAAAAAUGAAAACUUUACCAGCAAUGUAUUAUCCAGGUUUAGCUGCAUGUUUCUUUGGUUACUUCUUCUUAACCCAAAUUGUAAAGAAACUCUACAUGAAAUUCUUUGGUGAAUGGUUAUAAAUUAUAUUUUAUAAAAUUCAAAUAUAUAAAAAAAAAUCAUAAAAAAAAAAAAAAACCAAAAAAAAAAAAAUUACAAAAUCAAAAAAAGACAAUUAUCAUCAUUAUCAACAAAUAUAUAAUCAUUUAUAUAUAUACAUCAUCAUUAUAACAUUAC